UUGCUACUUUUUGAGAUCCACCCAGACGUCUCCCUGCAAUGGACCUUUAGCACAAUAUUUUUCAUGCUGAUGUUGUCCUGUAUUGUAACAAAAUAUAAACUGCUUUGUGUCAAUUAAAUUAGAAAUAACGAAAAUGGACAGUAUUAAUACAGUGACCCAGAUAAACUGGCACUCAAAAGCGGAGAAAAGUGAUGAUGAUCAGUCAACGUCAAGUUCACAGGUUGUUUGUGGAGGAUGUCGAAAGAAACUCUGGAGUUUGUUACCAGUGAAUUAUAAAGAAGAAACUGUAGAACUGCUAAAACUGGCUGGACCAGUGUUUAUAUCUCAGCUGAUGAUCUUUCUGAUCAGCUUUAUCAGCACUGUGUUCUGUGGACACUUGGGGAAAACUGAACUGGCUGGUGUGGCUCUGGCUAUUGCUGUUAUUAAUGUGACUGGCAUCUCCAUUGGCUCUGGAUUGGCUUCUGCAUGCGAUACACUCAUCUCUCAGACUUUUGGCAGCAAUAAUCUGAAGCGGGUGGGUGUGAUACUGCAGAGAGGGAUUCUCAUCCUCCUGUUGGCCUGUUUCCCUUGCUGGGCACUGCUCAUCAAUACAGAGCCCAUCCUGCUUGCUGUCCGACAGAGUCCCAGUGUGGCCAGUCUGUCACAACUCUAUGUAAAAAUAUUUAUGCCUGCUCUGCCUGCUGCCUUCAUGUACCAGCUGCAAGGACGAUAUCUUCAAAAUCAGGGUAUUAUUUGGCCUCAGGUCAUCACAGGAGCAGCGGGAAACAUCCUCAAUGCUUUAAUAAACUACAUCUUCCUUCAUCUGCUUGAUCUUGGUGUGCCAGGAUCUGCUGCUGCAAACACUAUUUCCCAGUAUUCCUUAGCUGUGUUUCUCUAUGUAUACAUCCGCUGGAAGGGCCUGCAUGAAGCCACAUGGGAUGGCUGGUCUCUUGACUGUCUGCAGGAAUGGGGUGCCUUCAUUCGCUUGGCUUUUCCCAGCAUGCUCAUGCUAUGUGUGGAGUGGUGGACAUAUGAGAUUGGUGGAUUCCUAGCAGGGCUCAUCAGUGAGACUGAGCUAGGAGCCCAAUCUGUUGUGUAUGAGCUGGCCACUAUUGCAUAUAUGUUUCCACUGGGAUUUGCAGUGGCAGCCAGUGUGAGGGUGGGAAAUGCACUAGGAGCUGGAAACACAGAACAAGCCAAGCUGUCUGCCAAAGUAUCUUUAGCCUGUGGACUGCUGGUUUCUUGUGUGGUGGCAACCUUAAUUGGAAGUACAAAAGAUAUUAUUGGAUACAUCUUUACCACAGAAGAGCAGAUAGUGCUCAGAGUAUCAGAGGUCAUGAUCAUGUAUGGCUUCUUUCAUUUAUUUGAUGCCAUUGCGGGCAUUACAGGUGGCAUUGUCAGAGGUGCUGGAAAGCAGCUGCUCGGUGCUCUUUGUAAUAUUGUGGGAUAUUAUUUUGUGGGAUUCCCAACUGGAGUGUCUCUGAUGUUUGCUCUCAGCAUGGGCAUAAUUGGUCUGUGGAUUGGAUUAUUUGGAUGUGUUUUCCUACAGUCUUUGUUCUUUAUCAUCCUCAUUUGCAAACUGGAUUGGAAAAAAGCGACUCAAGAGGCCUUGAUCAGAGCAGGUGUACCACCCCCUAAGAUUAAAGAUGAAUCUUACGCUAUGGAAAAUAAGGGCUGCACAGAAGAAGUACCACAGGUAUCACAGCACACUGAAGAAAGCCAAACACAUGCAAACACAGAUGUGGAGGGUCUCAGUGAAGGAGGAGGAAUAACAGAUGCUGGCACAAAGAUCAGAGUUGGUGAGGUUUUGACAACCAAACAGCUUAUUAUCCGUCGGGGACUUGCGGUUUUCUUCAUGCUGCUUAUACUAGCUGGAGGGAUUGUGUUAAAUAAGGUGCUCACUGGAUUUCUCAGAUGAGCAUAAUGAAAACAGAGUUUUGUUUGCAAUCCAAUCCAAGAUUUUUUUUCUUUCUUUUUUAUCCAUCAUUGCCUGGGCCACCUAAGCAAAGUUAAUAGUAUUUGAGGUAGAUUCAUGUGUUUUAUUUAUUUUUCUAUUUAUUUUUUAAUUCCAAGCAGCCUUUUUGCAAUCUCUAGUAUUAGAUGUGGUAAUUGUGUCAUGGACUUGCACUGUGAAAGUAAAACAUUUAUGGAAAGGUUUUUUUUUUUCAUUCUCUCUUUCUUUUAUUUUUUUAUUUUAUUUUUUUAUUUUUAUUUUUUUUAGGAUAAGCUGUAAUGGUUACUUGACAUGUAUUUUUUAUUUAUUGUCAUUCUUGGGUUUGUUUGUCAAGCACAUUUACGCUGAAGACCAUUUUUACCCAGGAAAAAAAUCCUGUGAAUGUAUAGUUAUUUUACUUAUUAUUAUUAAAAAAUUUUUAAUAUGUACUUGUUACUCAUAUUCAAAAAUAUCAAAAAAUUUUGGACAUCUUAGGGACGGACCUUAUUUCAGAUAUGCAGAUUCUCUAGGAGAAAAUUAGGCUACACUUCGUUUUUAAGUGUCCUUGUUACAGUGUAAUUAUACAUUUAAGAACUGGGUUAUAUUAAUGAACUACAUGUACUAACUACUUUAUAUGUUUAGGAUUGGGGUUUGGCUUAGGGUCACUUGCAUUUAAUUAUGCAUAAUUAAUUCUUAAGGUAAUAGAAAGUACAUGUAAUGUAAUAUGUAACAAGGACACCUUAAAAUAAAGUGUUGCCAAAAAUUAUUGAAUUAGCAUAACUAACUGGAACCCAAAGAGACGUCUGCAUGAGGAAAUCUUUUGCUUUUUCACAAAAUUUCCAUUUGAAUGGAUUCCUGCAUGAUUUUGCCAGUGAAAAAAUGCAGAACAAUGGUAAAUGUGACAGCACAUUUAGCCUGUGUUUAGUUAGAUUGCAUGGUGUGGACCAGCACUGAAAUGAAAAUGUAUGAUCAUUGUGUUAUUGUCUUGAUUUAAACACUUUAAUGAAAUGAAAUCUAAUAAAUGAAAUGAAAUAAAAUCUUCUCAACAAAAUCUUUUAAUAAACCAAUUACUGAAGAAUCACAAACAACAGAGUGUGUGCUGUCUGAUGCUGUAACUGACUUUUGAAGGUGUAAAAUGCGAACUAUAGGCAUCAAACAAGUGUUAUCUGUUAAAAAAUAUCCAAUAAUUAGUGGCAUUUUCAUUGUUUGGUCACAAAUAGAGAGGUCUUGACCACCGAAGAGAUGGAUAUCUGUCGAACACUUUUAGCUUUCCUACUAAUGCUUAUAGUAGCCUGAGGGAUUGAAUG